UUAGCAGUUUUCCUUAGAUGCAGGAUUUCUGAUCGCAAGCAGCAUCCAGAAUUGAUCAGCAAGCGUGGAUUCGCUGCAAACGGAGCAUAGGAGUUCAACUUUAGCAGAAGUUGAUUUAGUUGGUUGAAUUUGGCAAUGGAAUCCAUUAGGGAUGAGGCCUUACGGAUUAAAGAGCUUGCCGAAAAGAAAUUUAUCGAAAAGGAUUAUGUAGGUGCGAAGAACUUCGUAUUGACGGCACAGAAUCUCUUCCCCUCGCUCGACGGAAUCAGCCAAAUGAUAACUAUCUUAGAUAUUUAUCUCGCAUCAGAAGCUAAACUCAAUGGGGAGAAGGAUUGGUAUGGAAUCCUCCGUGUUAAUGCUUCCGCAGAUGAAGAAACAGUGAAGAAUCAUUACAGGAAGCUGGCUCUUAUGCUUCAUCCUGAUAAGAACAAGUCUGCAGGCGCCGAGGGCGCUUUCCAGCUUGUUUCUGAGGCUUGGAGCGUGCUUUCUAACAAAAAUCAGAAAAUGGCUUACGACCUGAAGAUAUACGGCAAAAGUUCUCAUCAGCGAAGUCUGCAAGAUAAUAAGGAUUCUUCAGCUCCAGGUUUCGAUUGUAAUGGAUUUUACCAGUUUUCGAACAAUGUUACUAAUAAGAAGAGAACGAAGCAGAGCAGCUCUACAAAGCCUCCCUUGUGUCCCCCACUUCAGACAUUUUGGACCUCUUGUGCUGCCUGCUGUAUGCAAUAUGAAUACCACAGGAUGUAUCUUAACAAAAGUCUGCUAUGUCCCAAAUGCAAGCAGCCAUUUUUAGCCACGGAGCUGCCUGCUCCACCAAGUGGACUUGGUAAUCCUCUAUGGUCCGUUAAACAGCAAAAUCAGAAAGCGAAACAUAGGAGCUCGUAUAAGAAUGCAUCUAGUCAUUCGGGAAUGGGAGCUUCGGGUUUCCAGCAUGGAUCGAGUAACGAAUUAUUUGCUAAUCAGAACAUCCAGUGGGCACCAUUUUCUGGAGCUGGCACUAAUGGCCUCUCUUCUGGUACUAAUGUGGUUCAUCAGGAAUAUAAAGUGAAAAGGCAGCGAGAAGAAGCACAUACAACGGUUAAAUGGGAGGAAUCGCAAUCUAUGCACAAAAAGUUGUCACGGAGGGCUGAAAUUGGUUCUGGAAGUGUUAAUACUGUAAUUGUGUCGGAUAAUCAUGCAACUAAAAGAACAGGCACUGGAGAUGAUUUGGGAAACAACAAUUUUGUAGAUAAGGUUGCCUCAGAUAUGGGAUGUAGCAGAAAUACUGUUUCGGAAACAGAAAAAGGCAGUUGGUUUUAUAGCAAUUCCCUUAAAUCUAGAUUGAACUCGAGGUCUGCAAACUUUAACAGAGCUUACACCCAUGUGGAUGUUCGAGCAAUAUUAAUAGAAAAGGCUAAGGAUGCAAUACUGAAGAAACUUAGAGAAUUAGAUUUAGCUGAUGCUGCAAAGGCUAAGGAUAAUGAUAGGAUGAGGAAGAAGACAAAGCUUAAAGAUGUUAAAUUGACCAAAUUAGCUGAUAGAAAAAAUGCAAAAUACAAAGUUCAGCGUGAUUCUGCUAAUUUUCAAAUUAUUGGAAGCUCAAGGGGCAGCAAAUUUGGUCCUGUAAAAGAACUUUCCCAAAAGAAUUUUAGUGAUGAUCCACGCAAGCAAGUAAAUCACCAUUUAACAAUAGAUGUUCCUGACCCAGAUUUUCAUGAUUUUGAUAGUGAUCGAACCGAAAAUGCUUUCGAAGCUGAUCAGGUAUGGGCUACAUAUGACGAUGACGAUGGCAUGCCUCGGUAUUAUGCAUUUAUUCAAAAGGUUUUAUCUGCUAAGCCUUUCAAGGUCCGUAUGAGCUUUCUCACAUCAAAAUCCAAUGUGGAGUUUGGGGCCUUAGAUUGGGUUAGUAGGGGCUUUCCCAAAACAUGUGGAGAUUUUAGAGUAGGGAGAUAUGUGGUUGCCAAUAGGAUUAAUAUUUUUUCACACCGUGUUAAGUGGGAAAAAGGAUUCCGUGGAGUAAUCAAAGUUCUUCCAAGAAAAGGUGAUAUUUGGGCCUUAUAUCGAAAUUGGAGUCCUCAUUGGAAUGAGCUUACUCCCGAUACUGUGAUCCACAAGUAUGAAAUGGUGGAGAUACUUGAAGAUUAUGAUGAAGAUGAAGGAAUCUCAGUGGUACCCUUAGUGAAGGUUGCGGGAUUUAAAACUGUUUUUUUACGGCAUAUGGAUCCAAAAGAGAAUAAGAAGCUACGAAAAGAAGAAAUGUUUCGGUUUUCGCAUCAGGUGCCUUCUUAUUUGCUUACUGGUGAAGAGGCUCAUAAUGCUCCGAGGGAUUGCCUUGAGCUGGACCCAGCAGCUACUUCUCUGGAGCUACUUCAGGUUCUCACAGAAACAAAGGAUGAGGAUGCAGUGAAUGAUGAUGAAAGGAAGUUGGCUGAUAAUGGAGUUUCUUGGUCUGAUUUCUGUUCUAAUGUCUGUGAUUGAUGCUUAUUAUUCAUCAACGGUUAGGGAUUUGCCAACCUGUACUCCUAUUCGGCUUUGUGGGAUAUCUCAGGAUCAUUUAUCAUUAUUUUCGGGUGUCUAACUUGAAUUUAAUUCGCUGUACAAAGUUGUUUAGGAGUAGAAGGUAUCUGAAGUCAGCUUGUUUAAGAUCAUUCAUUCAAAUGAUGGAGUUCUGGUGUCCCUCGGGAAGUCAUUCUUCCGCUUAUCGUAGCUUAUUUGGAUUGAAGAAAGCUUCUACCAUCUUCCACCUAUGGCCUUUUUCCUUUUCCUUUCUCUUUCUUUGGGUUCUUAAUCAGCUGGAAGCAGGCGAAGGCUGCUGAACUGGUAUCAUUGAAUUGUUUGAUCAAUAGGCUGAUGACUGAUUGAUCACCAGUCAAGAUGAGGAGGAAGAAGGCAAAAGGAAUCAAUCAUAUACACCUAUUACUAUUGCACUGUUGUAGAAAUCCUUUAUUUUUCAAAUUCUUUUGCUUAUUUUCUCUAUAUAUAAUUAUGAUUUUAGUCUGGGCUUAUGUGGUUAAUCUGAUGAAAUAUUGUGCUAAAUAUG